GUUGGUUAUCUUAUUGAUAGUUCAGGAUUAUGGCAUGUAAAAGUAAAAGAUAAUAAAAAGAUUAAGACAGUUUAUAAUUAUUCUUUUGAUGUAAAAGAUAUCUGUUUAAAAGUUUUAGAUUUAUUUAUGAGAUUUGAACUAUAA